GUGUGUGUGUGUGUGUGUGUGUGUGUGUGUGUGUGUGUGUGUGUAAAGUUUACCCUCUUGACCACUUGAAGCAAUGCCAAGCUGAUUAGGCUCCAAGUGAAAAAAAGUAGAACGCGAGUCAAGAGCCAAAAUCCAAACAGAAAUGCAGUCACAGGGAGCCCUACCUAUACCCAUGCCUGGAGCAGUAGGCGGUGGAGGAGGAGGAGCAGCAGGAGGCAGUGGCAGCGGCAGCCACACACCAAUUAGUGCCACACCGAAUCCAGUAAGUGCGGUUAGUGGAACACCGACCACCAGUAGUACACCCAUUCGAAUUGGCAGUGCCAAACAUUCUGCUCCCGGCGGGGGAGGGGAUGCUGCUGUGCAAGCGGUAACUGGAGGAAUAUCUGGAUCUGGACCCACUUCUCAUUCGGUGCCUGGAACACCCCAGCAAUCGAGCAGUGUGCCCACGGGUAGCCAUCUCCAAUUGCAGGCAAUGCCCUCGGCCAUAUCGAUGGGUGCAUCGAAUCAAUCGUUGGGCGUCAGUGUUGGAGCCGGAAGCAGUAUUAGCGGCAUCAGCAUUACGCCACCGAAUAGUGCUGGUCUGCGUCAAACGGCGACAGUUUUCGAUUUCAAAUUCAAAAGGCGACCCUCGCUGAAAGUGCUCCUAACAAAACUGCCCUCCACAGAUAGUUUGAGCAACAGUCCGGCGCCAUCAUCGCCAGGGAUUGCCAAUUGGGCCUCAGAUAACCGUGAUGGAAACCUGGCUGAUAAGUCAGCUGCCGAUGCUGCCAAACUCAAUCGAAAGGAGUCCUACAAGGCACAGCGUAAAAACUAUAGACGAGAAAAGAAACGUGUGGCCAGUGAGCUGAUGAAUUCCCUGCAGGAUCCGGCUGUGAUUGUUCUGGCCGAUUGGCUAAAGGUACGCGGCACACUCAAGUCAUGGACAAAGCUCUGGUGUGUGUUGAAGCCAGGAUUGCUGUUGAUCUACAAGAGUCAAAAGACCAAGAGCAGUCAUUGGGUGGGCACAGUCAUGUUAACCUCAUGUCAGGUGAUUGAGAGGCCCAGCAAAAAGGAUGGCUUCUGCUUUAAACUGUUUCAUCCGCUCGAACAAUCCAUAUGGGCACCACGUGGCCCAGAUAAGGAAACUUUGGGAGCCGUUGUGCAACCGCUGCCAACAGCUUACUUAAUAUUCCGAGCGCCCAGUCAGGCAGCUGGGAAAUGUUGGAUGGAUGCCCUAGAAUUGUCAUUGCGCUGUUCGGCCUUGUUGUUGCGUUCAAAUAGUGGGACUGGAGCAGCACCGUCUAAUACAUUUGUGGGCGAACCAUUGCCCGUCUCGCAUGAGACACAAUGGUCGGAGGCGGACUAUGAGAAACACUUCAAUGAUCAGGGUAAGUGGCAUCCCCGACAAUAUUUGGCGCCCUUGUCGGCAGACGACAUGGAAUAUUCGCGUUCCGAUAGCAAUUUGCCAUUGCUGCAGCAGCUGUACACCAGCGCGGUGAGCAAUUGGGAGCGUACCAAGCGGUUGCCUCAGUUCUGUCAAAUGCGGAGAACAUCUCAAAGCGAUGCCUCGGGUCGAAAUGCAAUGAGUAAGUCCAUUUCCCUGGGAGGAACUCUAUGUGAGAGUAGCUCCAGUGAAGAUGACAAUGAUGAGGAUUAUGAUACCCGCGUAUUGCGUGCUCCAUCUAGUAAUCCUGGUUCCCGGCCUGUCAGUGCUCCGCCUGAUUGUAUGCUGCGUCCACGUUUCCGACUGAAUGUGAAGGAUCUGGACGCGGACAGUCAGAAUGAGGCGCCAAAUGCCACCAUGUCGGGAUUGGAGUCAGAUACCGAUACGGAUGGAGCGGAGCCCGAUGGAGAUGUGCAGCAGGAUGAGAAUGUGAAUGCGACGCCUUGUCAAGAGACUACCUAUGUGCCCUUUACCGAAGAGGAGUUUGGCGAGCAAGGAGAGCAGGUCGAGGAGCUGGCGGAUGAGAAUAAGAGCCUUAUCUGGUGCAUUGUCAAACAGGUGCGUCCUGGGAUGGAUUUAAGCAAAGUUGUGUUGCCCACAUUUAUCUUGGAACCGCGCUCGUUUCUGGACAAGCUUUCUGACUCUUAUUACCAUGCGGACAUACUCUCAAAGGCAGUGCAAGAAGAUGAUGCCUUCACCAGAAUGAAACUAAUUGUGCAAUGGUAUCUCUCGAGCUUCUAUAAGAAGCCCAAGGGACUGAAGAAACCAUAUAAUCCCAUAUUGGGUGAAACGUUUCGCUGCUAUUGGCAGCAUCCUAGUGGCAGUCGGACCUUUUACAUUGCCGAGCAAGUGUCACAUCAUCCACCCGUGUCGGCUUUCUAUGUGACUAACCGCGAGGAUGGCUUCAGCAUCACCUGUUCCAUUCUGGCGAAAUCGAAGUUCUACGGCAAUAGCACAUCGGCUGUCCUUGAGGGGGCGGCCACGAUGACGUUAUUGCCGCGCGGCGAAUGUUAUACAGCAUCCACGCCCUAUGCCCAUUGCAAGGGCAUUUUAAUGGGCACGCUGUCCAUGGAACUGGGAGGCAAAAUCAACAUUGAAUGCGAGAACACCGGUUACAGGACGGAGCUAGAGUUCAAGCUGAAGCCAUUCCUCGGCGGUUCCGAUGCGACCAAUGUGGUUGUGGGUAAGAUCAAGCUAGGCAAAGAGACACUGGCCACCCUGCAGGGCCAUUGGGAUAAAGAGAUUCGACUGAAAGACGUGAAAACGGGCGAGGAAUCGCUGCUAUUCAAAGCGGAUGCUGAAAUGCGAUCCAAGCGUCUCAUCCGGCAUCUGGUGCCAGUCGACUUGCAAUUGCCUACCGAGUCACAGCGCUUGUGGAGUCGUGUUUCCGAUGCCAUUGCCCGCGAAGAUCAGGUGGCGGCCACAGAGGAGAAAACCGUUUUGGAGGAACGUCAGCGUGCCGCGGCCAAGGAACGGGCUGCUAACGACAUUAGCUACGAUCCAACAUUCUUCGAAUUGGACAGCUAUGGCCAAUGGGUUUACAAGUACGCCGAUCUGCGUCCUUGGGAUACUCGCAACGAUGUGCGCCAAUAUGAAUGUGAUUACAAAGUUAUCACUUUGACACGCCACAAAUCCGUGCCCAUUGUCCAUGGGGCCGAGAUACAACAUCCGCUGCGCGCCUCCCUCGAAACGGUGGCUCGCCCACACAGACAAUCAUCGAUAACGGGUGGAAGCAAAUCCGCCGUUGCAGCCAAAGCUAAAAAUAAGAGUCUAGUUUUAGCACCGCGCGACACCAAUUCCGAUUCCAGCCAAUCGCCCCAGGGAGCUGUCAAGCGUGGUUCCUCCAUCAAACAGCUCACGUUGGCUGUUGAUCAACUCAAUCGUGUUCUGGAUGUCCAUACGAGGAAACUAAAUGAAAUUAGCCAGCGAUUGGAACGUAUGCAAUAUGCUCCCACACCAAACACAAUGAGUGGUCAUUUGCUCGGCGGUGGCGUUGCCCAAUCCACGGUAUACAAGUCCAUAAUCUAUGCCUUGAUCGGCCUGACCGUCAGUCUACUCCUUCGUUGGCUGUUCAAGUAAAUUUUUCGGACGGGCCUAUCUGUUGUCGUUGUAAUUUGUAUACUUUUAAGCAAACUUUUGAGCUACAUAUACAUAGAUUAUACAAACCAUAUAUAUACAUAUA